GUGGCCACUCAGCGCCGAGCGCGCGCGGUUCGGAGCCUGAGGAGGACGCCACGGAUCGCCGUCGCUAUCGCCAUUGCUAUGUGUCUCAACCUAUGAACAAGCAGUGAAUAAGAAGCCAGAUUAUCUAAUUCAAGAUAGUGUCAGACUGAUGUUGUAGCCAUGAUGGUCCAGGAAUUAUGUGAGAGGCAAGGAUUUCUUAGGGAUAAGCAAGAUGAACUUUUACAAGAGGUUGAGGAACUGGCAAAACAUAUGUCAAUAUACCCGCAUAAUUUGGCUCCAAAAAUCGCCACUAAUUUAGAGUGUCCUGUAAAUGCCAAAGAAGAACUCCUAGAUGAAUGUGAGGCGAUGUGGAAGAAGUUGGAAGAGUGUCAGAGUAAGCUAACACUUCUAGGAACAGAAACACUUACAGAUUCAGAUGCUAAGCUUUCAUUGUUAAUGAUGCGAGUGAAGGCUUUAACAGCAGAAUGCAAUCAAUGGCAGAAACAAACUCCUGAAAUAAUCUCCACCAAUCCAGAUGUUUUGGUAGAAUUAGGAAAAGAAGAGUUGCAGAAAGUAAACCAUGAUCUUGAAAUGGUGCUGUCUAUAUUUAAGGCUAGGAACAAAAAGCUGAAAGAAGACCUAAAAAGAGAACAGCAGUGGCUUGAGGAGCAGCAGCAAGUGGUAGAAGCUCUUAGUGUAAUAGAAGAAGAAAUGAAAAAUCAAGUGGUACAGUUUUCUGAAAAACGGGCAUUUCAAGAAUUGAAAAUUAAAAUGCUGAAAAUUAAAGAAUACAAGGAAGAACUCUCGAGUGCUCUGGGAGAGUUCCUAGAAGAACAUUUCCCCCUCCCAGAGGAAGAUGGAAGUGCUAAAAAGAAGAAAAGUCUAGCUAAAGAACCAACAAUGCAGCUGAUAACUUUACAUGAAAUUUUAGAGAGUCUUAUAAACAAAUUGAUGAGUGCACCACAUGACCCAUAUUUAACAAUCAAUGACACUUUUUGGCCUCCUUAUAUCGAACUGCUGCUGCGAUAUGGUAUUGCGCUGAGACAUCCAGAUGAUCCCAAGAGAAUACGCUUAGAAGCUUUUCAUCAGUAAAUGGACCCUACAUCAAUAUUUUAAAAACAAAAAUUGUUGAUCCAAUAUUUAAACUUAACAAUUCUUUGUUAUUUUUAUCACAAUUUGGGGGCAUCAGUAACCUUUUCUGCUUGGACAGAAAACUUAAAAAAAAAUACAAACCCUAACUUUCUUAGGUGCAGAUUCUUAAAAGCUUGUGAAAUAUGAAAAAUGACAGAAUUCUCUUCACUUUAAGUAAUGAUGAUUUUUACUCAUGAUUUUUAGUGACUUCACAAUAGUUGCUUCUAUACUAAUAAAAUAGUCAGUGCUUGUAUUCUGAAAAUUUUUCAGGCUGCUUAGUUAAGAUUCAAAUUCAAGUUAAAGGACUAUUGUUUGCAGACAAAAUGAUUAAAGAUACUAAUUGUCCUUUGAUUUUUUUUUUUUUAAAUAAUGCUUUGCAUGAGGCAUCUUUAUUUUCUUAAAUACCCCUCACUCAGAAUGCCUCCACUACUUUGCUUUCUUGUAUUAUUUAUGGGGCACUUGUGUAGUGCUAAGGUUUCAAAUAACUCAAGGCUGUAUGUGGACGUGAAGAUUAAAAAAUUUAAUUGGAAAAAUUGGAGAGAAUAUGUUUACAUAGCAACAUAUUUGUACAAAGAAGUUCUUGGGAUAUCUUGUGAACAAUUGCUUGGUUCAAGAUGAACGUUCUGGAGAAUCCACCCAAUUUCCAUUCUGAAAGAGCUGUGGAUAACCAACAUAACACUUGACUCUUGUAUAUCUCCUGAGAGGAACUCCUUCAUGCAGUGUACCUCUUUGGUUUAAUAAGAGUUACAUAAUUUUUUCAGAUUUG